AUGCUGUGCCGCACUGGAAGUCUGUAGACGUACCCUUGUCGGUUUUUGAGUCGGCGCGCUGAUUGACUGCGCGCAUCUGUCUACUCCUACUGACGCCGAGUGCUGCUCAGGUGAGGCAGAGCAGGUACACAGACGCAGACACACGAGGAACACACAGGCAGGCGAAGAGGCGCAGAGAGGCCGGUGGAGGAAGGCCAGUCUGUCCAUAGAUGCGGACAGCCCUGCAUUCGUCUGGGAUCUGUGCGUGUCUGUGUGUUCAGGUGAGGUCGUUUGGCUCACCGAUGGCGACUCCACUUAUCAAGAAGGAGGAGGAGGAACACAAGGAGGGCAUCCAGUCUGGUGCCGGCGACGGCGGUGCGGCUGCUUCCGACCAACCAGCUGCGGCUGCUGCUAUUGGUGAUGGUGAUGCGGCUGCCUCCGAGCAGGCGGCUGCCGCUGCCGAUCCACCGCCCUCCACUGGUCAGCGCGGCAGCAGCCGACAUCACAGCAACGGGGGAGGUGAUGACGAGGGCAACGAUGGCCGCGGUGCCGAGGGGAUGUCGUGUGGCUCAGGAGGUGGGUGAGCUGGGGUGGGCUGCAUUGCAUUGCAUUGCACGUGUGCAUUACUAUCUUCGCACGUGUGCGUUCCGUUCAGGUCAUGAUGUGGCAGUCGAUGACGAAGACAUGAGUGAGGCGGCCGACAAGGGAGAGCAAGUAAGACAGAGCGCCACAUAGUCUGCAUGUCCGCCUGCCCUUCUCUCCACGUGUAUCACAUCACAUCAGGAUCCUGACAACGCUGGCGAGCCUCCACGCCACACGCAGAGAGGCCGUAAGUCACCGCAGCACCACCAUCACAGCAGCACCACACAGCCGACCCACCCACUUUCCGUUCUCUGGAUGUAUGCCGUUGUGUGCAGGCAAGGUCGGCAGUGGCCGGGGGGCUGACGACGCGGACGAGGAGGACAGCGAGGAGGGCGACACCGGCAGUGACGACCAGGACAAUGGCAACAAGGCCUACAAUGUGAGCGAGCGAAAUGCACCGCACCCGUCACUCACUCAUCCACUGCUCGCCCAUCUUGUCAUUUUGCCUGUCAGACCAAAAGGGCUCUGAACGAGUUCUUCGACAUCCUGAGGACUAAAUGUCUCGACAAGGACGAGGAACACCCACUGGGCAUCAGUGUUCGGAUGAGCGGCAGGGACUUCCCAGGCAUCCAGGUGCAGCUCAGCCGCUCGGGGGCCAAACCUCUUUCCAAGUACGUCUCCAUCACGAGGGGUGGCACUCGCCAGGCUGUGACGAUUGCAAUCGGGAUCCGCAAUGCUGAGUUCGCCAAGCAUGACAUCCCGCCGCUCGAGGGCUGGGAGGAGGUGCUGGAGAAGCAUCGCUUUCCAGACGAUGAGGUGGGCGAGAGAAAGAGGGCUGGAGAGGGGCGACAAGGACGGGACAGCAACACAGUGUCAUGUGCACGAAAUGUGUGUGUGUCAUGCCCUCUUCCAUGCAGCGCAAGCACCACAAGAAGUCCAAGCGCAACCCGAGUAAGACAGCACCCCACAUAGGCACGUCAUCAUGUGUGAAUGCGCGCGUGUGCGUCCAUCAGGUGCCGCAGCCGCGGCAGCGGGCGGGGGCAACAAUCGCCUUAAGCAGAAACGCCGUAAGGCAGCACAGCAACAGGCAGGUAGCGCAUUGGUUGUCCGGUCAAACCUGUGUGUGUCGGUGUGUGCAGACAAGGUCGGCAGUGGUGGCGGGGCUGACGGCUCUGAGGAGGAGGACAGUGAGGACAGCGAGGAAGGCGACACCGGCCGGCACAAUCGCAACAAGGCCUACGUGAGCGAACGAGAUGCACCACACCCGUCUCUCAGUGACUCACUGUUCGUCCAUGUUGUCACCAGGCCAAACUCUUCAAGUCUCUGCGAGAUUGUGUCGACAAGCUCAGCGGACUUUCAAAGUCCACGAUUCAUAUCUACGUCUACCACAACCAGCCCACGCAGCGACCGUUCGUCAGGGUUGACAUGGGCAGUGGAAAAGACAGGGCCUACCGGUCCUUCCACAUUGGGGGGUGCGAUGGCGGUGCCCGUGGCGCUGUGAAGGCAGCAAUCAAGCUCCGCAAUCAGCUGGCCACUCAGUUCGACAUCUCGCCGCUCGAGGGCUGGGAGGAGGUGCUGGACAACCAUCUCUUUCCGGACGAUGAGGUGCGCGAAAGUGAGAGGGUGGGGGAGGGAGGGGCAACGAGGAAGAGACAGCUGUUUCUGUCAGGGCCAGGCCGAGCCACCUGCAGCAGCUGCGGCCGCCGCGGCCGGUCCCUCAAAUGCUCACAACUACGGCAAGCGGAAGGGGCGGGGCAACACCAAACGGGCCAAGAGGCGCCGUCGAGGUACGGUGACUAUGGCUGACUGACCGACACAUUGCGGUCUCCCGUUAUGUGGUCCGUUCUCUGGGUGUGUGUUGGUGUGUGCAGGCAAGGUUGACUCUGAGGGUGAGGACAGCGAGGAGGCUGACACCGACAGUGAGUGCGCCGACGACUCCGAGGAGGGGCGUGACGAGGUGGGCGGGCGAAUCCACCCAUCCAUCACACACUCACACACCGUCCGCGCAUGUUGUCAUUCUGCCUGUCAGGCCAGGGAGUCCAUGUCUGCCCUCUUCAAGAAACUGAGGAGACAGUGUCUCAACGGGCCCCAUCCACUGGGCAUCAUUGUUUCUAGUGGCUUCGAGCAACCGUUGAGCGUCCAAGUAAAGCUUUGCCGCUCGGGGGCCACGUUCAAGAAGACCAUCGGCAUCAAGAGGUGCGGCGCUCGCCGCGGUGUGCGGAGGGCCAUCGAGUUGCGCAACGCUGAGUUCGCCAAGCACAAGAUCCCGCCGCUCAACUGCUGGGAGGAGGUGCUGGACAAGCAUCGCUUCCCAGACGAUGAGGUGGGCGAGAGAAAGAGGGCUGGGGGAGGGAGGGGCAACAGGGAUGGUGCGAUGUCAAUCAAUGGUCUGUCUGUCUGUGUCAGGGCCAGACCGAGCCACCUGCAGCAGCAGCAGCAGCAGCCGCGGCCGCCGCGGCCGGCCCCUCAAGUGCUGACAACUACGGCAAGCGCAAGGGGCGGGGCGGCAAAGCGGACAGACGCGUCAAAAAACGGCGCCGCACAGGUACACACGGUCGCCAAGAGGGAGGAGGGGGCUCAUACGCGAGUGACAUAUGCCGGCCAUAUUCUCUUUCCUCUUUUUUUUCCAACCACUGAUGAGCGCCGUUCGCCCUCUCCCUCCCCGCCCAAGCAGCACAACAAGCCCAAACUGAGGCCACGUAAGACGGCACCGCACACAAAGAGACCAUACCAUACAACCGAUCGGCGUCUGUUUAUGUAUGUCUGCACCUACCAGGCAAGAGCAACACGGAGAGCCACGCAGGUGGCGCUGCUGCUGCUGCUGCUGCUGCUGCGCCCGGCUGCAAAAAGGAGCGCAAGCACAAGGCCAAGGACCGUUCCUCCCGAGGCAAGAUGACAAUUCAUGGAUCUAUCGCACACUCGUCCGUGGCGCUGACUUACUUGUGUUGUGUUGUGUUGUCAGCCCCUCGUGUGCGUGAGGAUUGCCAUGAUGGCCCGCCAGCUGUCGGCAGCGUCGGCAGCAUCAAGCAGGAGGCAGGUGACGGGCAAGGUGGUGGUGAUAGCGGUGGUCCGGCGGGCAUUCGGGGCGGCAUGGGGGCAGGGUUGGCGCCCGGCAACCAAGGCGGCAUUCCUUUCAUCGACCUCGAGUCGGACAAAGAAGACAACAACCAAGGGGCGAACGAGCCACCUGGUAAGGGGAACGGAGAGACCACCGACGGGCGCGUCUGCACAGUGUGAGUGUCAAUGCUGUCUGUCUCAUAAGGUGGUGCUGGGGCGGCUGCUGCCGCUGCCGCUGCCGGGGCUGGAGGUCGCGUCAAGAAGGAGGAGAAGGGUCGGUCAGCCAGCACGCACGAAGCACACUGCCACACCUGCAUAUAUCUCUCUCUGUGGACGGAGCAGGCGGCAUUUCCACGUACAAGACGGUUGCGCUGUCCCAACUGAGUACCAAGGAUAUCGUGGCCAUAUUUCGACAGCAUAAGGGACUGCGGGACCUGACGAAUGUCAUCGAGGAGGUGGAUGAGCGAAUGCGGUGCUGCAAGCACCCAUAUGUGUGUCUGCCGAUGCCGUCUGUGACUGCAGGACGAGGUGGAUGGCGAGACCCUUGCCCGUUGCGUGGGUCUCAAGGCGAGCGAUGCGAGCAUGGAGCUCCAGCACCUCUUCAAGAAGGGCAAGGUGGCGUCCAUUGUCAGCUGGAUCGAAAGCAUCGACACGAAUGCGGUCAGCAAGAACACGUCAAAAAGGAGGGAGGGAGGGAGGGGAAGGACCAGCGUGGUUCAUUGUGUCUGUUUGGCUCAUCCAAAUGUGCAGGUGCGUGUGCCAAUCCCGUAGAUCAUGUGCAGGCGACAGACGCCCGGGCAAUGACAGUACGUGAACGAUGGAUGACUGACGGCCGUUGUUGGAUGUUUGUUGUUGCUGUCAUCAUGCUGCAGGGUGGGUGGCUGCGGUGCUGUCGGUUCGGCGGCUCGAUCAGUUGUCGUUUUUUGACAAGAGGGGCGGAGUGUCAUGUGGGUUCACACAUACAUGUAAAGGUACAUGCGUGGAUAUGCAUGACAGGGCGUGGCUGUUUAUGCGUGUGUGUACCCGGAUGAUUCAUCGUAAGUAAGUAGGUUUAAGGUCGUCAUGUGAGUUGGUUCUCCAUACGUAUCCAUCGCAUUUUUGCCCCUCUCUAGGCAUUCCAUUUGCCUCCUUCCUGGUCGACCAUCCAUCACUAUGGGGUUCGUGUGGACGGUCAGCAUCUGCAUGAGCGUCAUUCCACUCGUGUGUAUACUGUCUUCGUACCCGAUAUGAGUGUAUAUAUACACCGUGUCAAUUGCAUACCUUCGUUCCUAUCUGUUCGUGCAUGCCUCGGUGUGGCUGAGUCCGGCUGGCUGGCUGACGGUGUGUCUGUCUGUCUGCAUUUGUUGGAUGCGUGUGCUCUGUCUGGGGGUCCCGGCGGCCUUACAGUGUGCUGACUGGUGCGUUGCUGCCGGCAUGUGCCAAUGAUGUAUGUGUGAGCUGUGUGUAUGUGCCUGACGGGAUCAGACAGCCAAACAGCCAAGUCCAUGUGUUCGUUUGUGUUGUGCCUGCCCAUGGCUGUGAGAUACCCUUUUGGCGUCGUUGCAGUGCUCCAUGCUUCCCCAGUGCAGCUGAAUACGAACUCUUGGCGUCGUUUCGACGUGCGGUGAAAAGAUCC